AUGGUUCUCGAGGCGUCUAUUAUCGUGUCCAUAUGCACCUGCAUCGUGAUUAGUGCAGGGUCUUUUGGAACCCUAGCUAUCGCAUAUUUGACCCACCGUAGAAAUGCAGACUUGACAAGAAGGACUGAAUCGGAGCAAGGGGAUCAUCCGCGGCGAACUGGCUUGCAAAAAGGGGCCGACGAAAUUGAAAUGGAAGACAUACCUAAAAGUUCACGGAAGCAACAGUCCCGCCCGCAUGAGGGCGAAGAUGGUGCGGGAAACACAGAAGGGCAAAGUUCGCAGGAGGAACAGUCCUACUCGCACGAGGGCGGAGAUGGUGCGGGAAACACAGAAGGGCAAAGUUCGCAGGAAGAACAGUCCCGCCCACCUGGGGACAAAUAUCCUGCGAAAUUCAUAUAUCUAAAGAGUACCUCCCGGCGGAGUAGGAUAUUACCAACUCCCUACCCAACAGAGCAUUGGGUGCCAACAGACGUCACGGACACGGGGAAUGUGCCAUAG